AUGUCUAAAUCACGAUCAAAAAUAAAACGAUCGAUAAUAACAUCUUCUACAACUCUUGUUAGUAUAUCUGAUGAACAUGAAUUAUCUAUAUGUUGUUCAAAUCGUAAUUGUCCAUCACAUUGGCAUAGUCGUUUAACUGAAAAACUUAAACAUCUUCAACAAUCGAAAUUAAAAAAUUCUUGUUCAAAACCUCCUGAAAUUGAAUCUAAACAUCAUUAUAAAUUAUCUUAUCCAGAUAUAUUAUCAAAAUUAUUUCAAAUUAAUGAAUUAGAUGAUAAUAAUCAUGAAAUAUAUUCAAAACCAAUUGAUAAAUCAAUCAUACUUAAUAAACAUGAUUUAUUUAUUAAUCAAAUAUCUAAAACAUUUGAUAAUUUAGCACAUAUUUUUAUUAAAAAUAAUCUUAAUUUACAAAUGAAAUAUCGAAUGAUUCCAUUAAUUUCUGAUCCAUUUUCUGAUCAGAUGGAUCGUAUGGAAGCUUCAACACAAUUAAAAAUUAAUCUUCUUCGUAUAAAUCAUAUACAUUUAAAUUGUCGUUUAACUGUAAAAAUUAUUUCAACACCAAUAUGGAAUCGUUCAGCUGUACAUGUUAUUGUACAAGAUGAAAAUAUGGAUUGUCUUCGUUUAUCAAUUUAUAAUUGGUCAUAUAUUAUUGAUACAAGACAAAUUAAAUCAUAUAAAUAUAUUCAAAAACGUUUAACAUAUUUAUUACCAAUGAAUUCAUCUAUUAUUUUAUUAGAUCCAUGGUUAAAAAAAUGUCAUGAUGAUGAUAUUUCAUUACGUUGUGAAUCACCUAAUACACAUUUAUUAAUGAUUGAUUUUGAAAAACAUUGUUCAACAAGUAAUAAAAUAAAUGUUGAACAAUUAAGACAAUUAGGAAAUGAAUGUUAUCAAAUGGAUGAUAGUCUUAGUGCUAUUGAAUUUUAUACAUUUGCAUUAAAACAACUUGAUGAACAACAAGAAAAAGAAUUAACAUUAAAAGGACAAUCAAUGGGUCCAAAAACUGAAGAACGUGAACAACAUCGUAUUCGUCUAUUAUCUAAUCGAUGUGCUUGCUAUUUACGUGAACGUCAUCCUGCUCUAGCAUUAGCUGAUACUGGUAUUCUUCUUUCAUUGCAUGAAUUAUCUCAUUUUCUUGAAUCACCAACAGCAACAGCAGGAAAACUUCUAUUUCGUUGUUUAAAUGCUCAUCUUUAUUUAGGUUUAUAUGAUAAAGUUGAAAGUUUAUUAAAAUCUCAUAAAAUUGGUGUUGGUUUAUGUGGAGGAGAAAAUCCAGUAACAAUGACUACACUUGAAAAUGAAUUAAUAAGAUUAAAAGAUGAAGCUACAAAAGGUCAAUAUGAUCUUCAAGGAAUGUUAUAUGAACAAAUUAAUAAUAAAUCACAAAUGUUUAUUGAUUUAUCUCAUCAUCAUGCUAAAUAUCAUAGAAAUGAUCUAUUCGAAAUUCGACUUUGUCAAACAGACGAAUUAAAUAAAAAUCAAUAUCGAAAUGGUUCUUAUGGUGUAUAUGCAUUAAAAGAUCUUGAACCAGGAACAUUAUUAAUUGUUGAACAACCAUUUGCUAGUAUUGAUAAUCGUAUUAUUAAUGAAGAAUAUUAUCAUUCAAUAAAUUAUUGGCAAAUAAAAUCUAAAACUGAAUAUUGUACAAAUGAUACAUUACGUUUAUUAAAUGAAAUUGAAAAACAAUUAUUUAUUGGUAGUGCUACAUGGGCAACAUUUGAUAAAAUUAAAUUAAUGCAACCUAUUCGACAAUGGUUAACUAAAAAUAUUGUUAAAAAUCUUGAUGAACAACAAGAAGAUCAUGAUAUACUUUCAGAUUUAUUAGAAAAUUAUGAAAAUAUUUUAGCAGAAAAAAAACAAUGGAGAAAACCACUUUUAAAACAAUCAUCACCUCCAUCUCCAUAUAUUCCUUGGCGAGUUUUAUUCGAAACUCAACAACAAAAUCCAUAUAAAUCUCGAUCAGCUUAUGGUUGGUAUCCAUCUAGUUCAAUGUUUAAUCAUUCUUGUUUACCUAAUUGUUUAUGGUAUUUAAUUGGUGAUUAUUUAUUUAUAUAUGUAUGUUCAUCAAAUGUUCGACAAGGUGAUGAAUUAACAAUAUCUUAUUGUCCAUUAUGGAUAUCAUCAAUAAAUGAACGUACAAAUCAACUUCGUCAAUAUGGUAUUAAAUCAUGUCAAUGUUUAUUAUGUUUAUAUGAUCGAUCAUCAUCGUUAAUAGAUGAAUAUGAAAAUGAAUUAAAAAAAUUUUCUAAUAUACGUGCAUUAGCACGACAAAAAAAUAUUUCAAAUAUAAAUCGUUUGAAUUAUUUAAAACAAUUACAGUGUCAUUAUGAAAUUUUAACAAAAAAAUUUCAAGAUCGUCCAAUUGGUUUUAUUAAUGAAUUUAUUGAUUGUGAAUAUAUUUUAUCUAAUAUUCAAUAUGAAAAUAAUGAUAAUGAUAUAAAAGAUUAUUUAAAUAAUCAACAAAAUUCAUUUCUUGAACGUUUAUCAAAUGUUUGUCGUUUUACAUUACCUGAUAUAUCAAAUCCAAUUUUAUUAUUUGGAACACAAAUACAAUUACUUAUUAAUCAUAUUGAACAGUUUUAUACAUCUGAUUUAAAACAAUGGAGUCGUUUAUUUGAAUAUCUUUAUGAAAUUUAUACAUUUAAAUGUUAUUCAUCAUCGAAUGAUAUACAAAAAAUUUUACAAGAUCAGAAACAAUUAUUUAAUUAUUUUUUUCAAACACAAACUUUCCUUCAACAUCCAUUUAUAAUUAAUGAAAAGAACUCAAAUUAA